AUGACGCUCGUGCACCUCCGGCGCGCGCACCACCUGUUUCCCAUCCGCCCGUACCUCCCCGCGCUGGUCGAGGCUCUCGAGGACACGGAUGGCGCCGUGCGCGAGUGCGCGCGCCAGUCCGUCGUGGAGCUCUUUACCGGCCCGGGGGUGACGGACGCCGCACGGGCCGACCUCAAGAAGGAGAUGACGAAGAAGGGCGUGCGCAAGGGCAUCGUGGACGGCGUGCUCGCGAAGGUGCUUGCAGGUGGGGGUGGCGGGGCCAGCACGCCGGGGACGCUGAGCGAGGCAGGCUCGGAAAACGGCGACGCCGGGCCCAAGGAGUAUGUUCCGCCAAGCAUUGCACUCAUGAACCGGCGCCCGGGGCAGAGUGCAGGGACUCUCACCACGGGCGCAGCGGGCGCGCUGCCACGGGCCGUGAGCCAGGGAAGCGUCAAGGACAUGGCGCGACCGUCGAGUCGGGCUGCGGUGGUAUCUCCCCCGCUCGCGGAGAGCGUGGGCGCCGGAGGCGGGAGCGCGCCAGACGUCAAGCCCGUUUACAUCGCGUCUACACACGACUUGGAAAAUGAGUUUGCUUCCAUGCUCCGGCAUUUCGAGGGCAAGGAGACGGAGCACAAUUGGGCUCCGCGUGAACAGUCCAUCCAGCGCGUUCGCGGGAUGCUCAAGGGCGAAGUCCACGAGCGAUUCGCGGAUGCUUUCUUGCUCGGCCUCAAGAAUGGAUUCAUCAAUGCCUCUCUCAAAACACUCGCUAGCCUGCGGACCACUGUAGCAACGAACACUUGUUCGCUCUACGUUGAGCUCGCUAUCACCCUUGGACACGCCUUCGAUCCGUUCUGUGACGUCUUAUUGACUCAAUUGCUCAGGAUGGCAAGUCUCACGAAAAAAAUUACCGCCCAGCAAUCUCAGGCCACGUUCGUUACCAUCGUGUCCCACACAUCAGCACAGCCGCGAUUGGUGGUUCCACAGCUGUGGAAUUCAUUACAAGACAAGUCCAUACAGAUGCGUUCAUUUGUCGUCGGGCAUAUCCAGACGUACCUGGAGGUGCACUGUGCGCAUUCUAAACAUGCUAUCGAAGCCGCGGGUGGCGCUGAGACCUUGGAAAAGUGCAUUAAAAAAGCUCUUGGAGACCCUAAUGCAGGUGUCAGAGAAAAUGCUCGCAGGGUGUUUUGGGUAUUCGAUGGCGUCUGGCCCGAUAGGGGUAGGACAAUUCUGGAUUCUCUGGAUUCUGUUGCGAAGAAGCAACUAGAGAAGGUUUGCCCAAAUCCCGAGGCACUGGUGGCGGCACCUAUCGCAACGCCCAAGCCAAAGAAGACCAGCGUCGCAGCGGCAAUUGCGGCGAGCCGAGCGAAGGCGAAAGCCAUUGCGACCGCGCCCCCUACGCUGAGACAUCAGGCGACUUCGACGUCUCAUGCGGCGCGGGCAAUGUCGCCAACCAGACGCGCCGUGUCGCCCGUGUUGUCGAGCAGCAGCUCCAUGGGUGCUGUGCGCGCAUCGUCGCCCGUAGGCCGGUCAUCCCCACCACGAGCGAGGAUAGUAUCUUCGACAAUGUCACGGUCCGUGAGUUCAAAUGCAGUGCCAUCGACGAGGUCGCCAGGACUGUCUCCGCCCGCUUCGCCGCCGUCCCCUACCCCUACCGCAGACGCAGCGUACCGUAGGCGCGUGUCCUCCCCGCUCGUUGCUCGGUCUACAUCGCCGACUGGCAAUGGCCAUUCCACGUUCAGACGCGCGAUGCAGACUGCGUUGCCAGCAUCGCCGCCAAGUUCGGUAGUCGCGUUCGGGACGCCGACGCCUCGGAACCCGCGAGCUGGCAUGGCAGCAGCAGUUCCCCUUCCUCGUGAAUCCUUGUCGAUAGCGGCGCUGCAAGGCGUGCACGGAUCGGAGGAAGAGUCGCUGCUGCUGGCGACGAAGAUCCCGAUUCCGGAAGACAGUGACUCUGAUAUGGACAUCGACGACUCGGUGAACCUGAUCUCGUUCUCGACGCCGUUCGAGAUGUACCCGCCGGCGAAGGGGACGCGAUCUCAAGCACCGUCGUUCUCACCGCAGUCGAGCACCUCGAGGCCCGGCAUGUCAAAUGCGUUGUCGACGUCGACCAGCUCUCCACCCAGUGGAGUGCCGCAGCCGAUCGUGGAAGAUGCACUGCGUGCACGGGCCGAGCAGGCGGAGAGUGCGGCAGAGCGCCUGCUGGAGCUGGUUGAGCCGGACGAGGAUGGAAUGCAGCCGUCGUUGAUCCCGCCGUCGCUGCUGUUGCGGAACGGCGGCGGGUCGCCGGGUGGAAAGGCGAGCGCGGCAAGCAUGGUGACCCCAAGUGCGGCAAGGACGACGUUGGCGGCGCCGCGCACGCCAGUGAACCGCCAGGCAGCUAUCAUGCGGCGGGCAGCGCUGUUCGAGGACAGUCCUGCACCGAGCAAGAAGCUGGGGACGCUGUUCGACAUGGUGCGGGGGGAGUCGGUGAACGCAGGCGAGUGGUGGAGAAAGCGGACGGCACUGAUUUCCUCCGCAGCGCCGGCGAGCACCGACGAUCCGGCACAUGAACUCGGCCAGGCCAUUUCCGCCCUUCAUGCCGGCCAUGCCGACGUCCCCGCCCUCUCCCGCCUUGCCCUCCUCUCCCUCCGCCAUCCCAUCGACGACGUCCCCACCCCCUUUGCUCUCGCCCCUUCGCCCCCCAUCCACUCGCACCUUCCGUCAGACACCGAGCUAUGGACGGGCCAGAAGGCCUUUGAUCGCUUGCUCACCGCGCUCGUGCAAUUUUUAGAUCCCCAAAAGGACUGCGAGACGCUCGAGUAUGGCCUCAUCGUCCUCUGGGAAUUGCUGGCCAAUCAGGCCGCUCUCGUCGAGGGCAGAGAGGCCGAAAUCUUCACAGCGCUUCUCCAAGUCAGGUACUCUGCUCGCACGUCCAUCAUGCAAGCCACGAAUAUGUUCCGAGACGCCCUCACCAGCCGCAUAGAGCCCGUGUACGGCCUCACCACCCUGCACGCUUGUCUCCGCUCCUUCCGUGACUCGCCGUCUCCGUCUCCGUCUAGCGUCGAGAUCAAAGAUGGAACGUACGCCUUCGGCCUCGUCGCUCUGGGUAAGUUCGUCCUUCGAUUGCCGCCAGAGGUCUUGGAAGAAGAGCUGCCGCGCCUCCGGACCACAUUGAUCUCGGCGCUCACGGACUCGUCCACCACUUCCUCGCUCGUCGUCCGAGAAGCAGCCGCGGCCUCUAUCAUUGCAGCGCAGCUUGUCCUCCGCGACGAGACGCAUCUGUUUGCGCUGCUCGACGGCCUGCCGGACGAUAAGAAGAAUCUUCUCACAUACUUAUUUGAUAAGCACGGCUCACGGGGCAACGCAGAGGUCACUGGGCUGACUGGAAUGGAGAAACUAGAACGAGAGAUGCGGCGCCUCGACAACCGCACGAGCACGCCUCCUCGCACUUAG